AUGCCACACAAUGUCACAGAGUUUUUUAUGUUGGGACUCUCCCAGCACCCAGAGGUACAGAGAGUUCUCUUUGUGAUAUUUUUGAUCAUCUAUGUGGUCACGGUUUGUGGCAACAUGCUCAUAAUAGUCACCAUCAUCUCCUCUUCUACUCUGGCAUCACCCAUGUAUUUUUUCCUGGCCCAUCUGUCUUUUAUUGACACCUGUUAUUCCUCCUCCCUAGCCCCUAAGCUCAUUGCUGACUCCUUGUAUGAGGGAAGAACCAUUUCUUAUGAGUGCUGCCUCACUCAGCUCUUCGGAGCCCAUUUUUUGGGAGGUGUUGAGAUCAUCCUGCUCACUGUGAUGGCCUAUGAUCGCUAUGUGGCCAUCUGCAAGCCACUGUACUACACAACUAUCAUGACCAGGCAUCUUUGUACCCUGCUGGUGGGAGUGGCAUGGCUGGGAGGUUUCCUGCAUUCAUUGGUCCAGAUUUUCCUGGUCCUCCAGUUGCCCUUCUGUGGGCCCAACGUCAUCAAUCACUUCGUCUGUGACCUGUACCCCUUGCUGGAACUGGCCUGCACGGACACGUACGUCAUUGGUCUGCUGGUGGUGGCCAACAGCGGUGUGAUUUGCCUGCUGAACUUCCUCAUGCUGGCCGUCUCCUACAUCGUCAUCCUGCGCUCCCUGAGAUCCCACAGUGCAGAAGGGAGGCGCAAAGCCCUCUCCACCUGCGGGGCCCACUUCACCGUAGUGGCCUUGUUCUUUGUGCCUUGUAUAUUUACUUACAUGCGUCCAACAACUACAUUAUCUAUUGAUAAAAACAUGGCAGUAUUUUAUGGUAUUCUGACACCUAUGUUGAAUCCAGUCAUUUACACCCUGAGAAAUGCAGAGGUGAAGAAUGCCAUGCGGAAGUUCCUCACACAGUUUGCAACCACAGAUGGACAGUGA